CUCACCACAUCCCAGCCAUGGCCCUGGUUCUGUCGCUACUGCCGCUGCUGCUGUCGAGGGCUCAGGGGGACCCCGGGGUUUUCCUGGACGGCCGCCCAGGAGACCGAGUGAAUCUCUCCUGCGUAGGGGUCUCACAUCCCACCCGCUGGGCCUGGGCACCUAGCUUCCCAACCUGCAAGGGCCUGUCCAAAGGACGCCGCCCGAUCCUGUGGGCCUCUUCGAGCGGGACCCCCACCGUGCCUCCUGUCCAACCCUUUGCUGGCCGCCUGCGAGCCCUGGACCCUGGCAUCCGUCGGCUAGAGCUGCUCCUGAGCGCGGGGGACUCGGGCACCUUUAUCUGCAAGGGCCACCACGGGAACGAGAGCCGAAUGGUGCUUCACGUGUUGGGGGACAGGGCCUACUGCAGGGCCCCGGGGCCUAGCCGGGAGUCCGUGUAUCCCCCGCUCCUGAUCCCUCUGCUGGGCGCUGGGCUGCUGCUGGGACUCGGAGUGUUGGGCGUGGUCUGGUGGCAGCGCAGGCGCUCGUCCCCGCACCCGCACCCGCUUCGACCACUCCCCAGAUUUGCUCUGUUCCCCCUACAUAGCUCCACUAGUGAAAGCCGAGCCCCAGAGACCAGUAAAGGAGGAGGAGCCCCAUAUAGCAGAAGACCUGGACCAGGAGUCGAGCCUGCUCUAUGCAGACCUGGAUCAUAUGGCCCUCAGAAGAUCCUGCCGGUUGUCUCCAGUGGCCUCUGGUGAUUCCUCCACCAUCUAUGCGGUUGUAGUUUGAAGGAAAGCCCUUACUCCACACAUCAAAAGCUGGGAGCUCCCAGCUCUCCAUAACCGCCCUCUCCAGCUCUCCCCAGGAAAUGAAGGCACCAUGGGAUAGAAAUGAGCACUAGACUGGGAGUCAGGAGACCUGGCUUCCAGGCUGUGUCUGCCACUGAUCUUGCUCCUUCGGUUAUCCCAUCUCCUAUAACCUCCGUGUCUCCUUUACCACUGGUGUCCUCUCUAAACCUCAUCAAACCCUGUCUCCCCAUCUUAAGACAUCAGUCACUCCAAGAUAGUUGUCCCAUCUCUUCCCUCCCUUCCAGUCAAGCUCUUUGAACCAGGGACCUACAUCUGUCUCCUCCAUUUUAUUCUCCUUCACUCUACUCCCAUGAGAUUGCCAGUGAUUUCCAAAUGGCCAUACCUAGUAGACAUUCUUUAGCAUUCAUCUGGCUUGGCUUUUUGUUGUUGUUGUUGUUAAUCCUCACCUGAGGAUAUUUUUCCAUUGAUUUUUUUUUUUUUUUUUAAUAG